AUGAGUGAAGAUUCUUCCGAAUUAUCUGAUUCCUCUUCUUGCUCGAGUUCCCAUAACGUGGAAACUGUGGCAGUGGAGAUUCACGAGCAGGAGCCGCAACGGGCCAAGUCAAGUGCCCUGCCAACCACGCCUGCUGCUUACCAAACACAGCGAAAACGGAAGCGUUCAGGCUCAAAGGAGCGCAGUGAAAAAAAGAGAAAACGUUUGAAGAAACCAUACAUUAUUUGGCUCAACAAUGCUUACGUGCCUGACCAAGGACAAAACCUAGAUAUUGAUUCAGAUAUUAGUGCAGAUGUUAGUGGUGAACUAUAUACCCAUGAGAAUUGUACGCAGGAGCCAGUGCAGACUUCUGAAUUGCCCGCUCGCGUAAAGUUAAUUAAUUCAAUACAACAUUUUGAUACUGAAGAUUGGAACACCGUACGCUAUGCAGAAGUGCAAAAGCAGUACUGUUCUGCUCCGGGUUUUACAUAUUUAGAGACUAAUGAAGAAAUCCAAUCAUAUGAUAAAUAUUCAUCUCUUGCGCUUAUUGAGCGGGGUUUCGCUGCCAUUACACAGGCUCUUAUUAUGCAAAAUGAAGCCGCACAGAGCGCUUUUACAGCUUUAAUUGAGUGGGCAAGAUUCUCGGGUAAUAAUAUCACUGCUAAAUCACUGCAUGAAAAAGUGAAUGAAUUAUUUAUAAAAGGAAAUUUUCAAAAAAUUUGUAGCGAUGUUUUACAGUUAGCUUGUGGUCACAGAGCUGAAUUAGUACAACAAAGGCGUGAUAAUAUUUUGCGUUCAGUAAAAGAUAGUUUUUUGAAGUCAAGUUUACGUAAAAUCCCUCCCACUAGUGAGAAUCUUUUUAAUAAGGAAUCUUUCUCUACUGCUAUCGAAAAAUCUGGGGGUAUGUCUAAAGUUUUCUGGCCGCUCCGAGCGCCGACACAAAAUAAAGCUGCUUUGCAAGCACAGCCCCAUCAGCAGACUCAGGUCACACCUAGUCAUGCAAUGAAAAUGCCUAGUGCAGUUAAUUAUCACUAUCCUCAAUUUGAUUAUAUAAAUAGGCCACCUUUCCAAGGUGCCUGGAAUACUUUUAAUGUUAAUAGUCAAGGACGAGAAUACGUCCGCCCUACCUUUAGAUCAAAUCAGCUGCAACAAUUAAGGCCCUUUCGUCAAAGGCCAGGAUCACAAAAUUUUCAAAAUUCAGAGAUGUACUUAAACGCAGGUAGGGGAUCAAAUAAACAAUCUGUUCAGUCAGGAUCACGAUUGACUCUGCCCCAUUCCGCGCGGGUCGCUUACCGAAAUUCCUGGAACAUUGGAAAUACCUACAAGCGCCUC